GCUAAGAAGUUCUUAGAGGUGUCCGCCUACUUACGGAAUUAAUAAGAAUUCCCUAGUCCUGCUUCAAAGAUUUGACCCGACUUUGCUUCAUGGAUUCUGUACCGCUUAGGGUUAUAUUCUAGCUUCUGGGAGUUCUAGACACUUCCCUGACCCUGCAGCCAACCUGGGCUACUUGCUACUGUUUCUCAUAAAGACUUUUGAAGUCCCAAAAGAAAGCAGACGAGAAACCAGUAUUUAAACAAAGGUUUAAUUCAUUGAACAGGACUAAUGUCAUACUGCAGCAUUUGGGUCAGCGUUAUUCAGUCGUAAAGCAAGGUCAGCACAGUCAGCAGGCAGGUUUAGACUUCGGAGUUGAUGCUGUUUUACCACGUAUUUAACUGGGCUGCUUCGGUGUGGUCUCUUCUCCGCCUUUAGUUGUGGACUUUGUUCUGUCAGUCUUCAGAGGAUGUCUAAGCACACGGAUGCCGCAGAAGUACUGUUGGAAAGAAAAGGUUGUGCAGGAAUGAUAACACUAAACAGACCAAAGUUCCUAAAUGCACUGAAUCUUAGUAUGAUCCGGCACAUUUAUCCACAGCUCAAGAACUGGGAACAAGAUCCUGAAACUUUCCUGAUCAUUAUAAAAGGAACGGGUGGAAAGGCUUUCUGUGCUGGGGGAGAUAUCAGAGUAAUCUCCGAAGCUGGAAAGGCAAACCAGAAGAUAGCUCAAGAUUUCUUCAGAGAAGAAUAUACACUGAACAAUGCCAUUGGUUCUUGCCGGAAACCAUAUGUUGCUCUUAUUCAUGGAAUUACAAUGGGUGGGGGAGUUGGUCUCUCAGUUCAUGGGCAAUUCCGAGUGGCUACUGAAAAGUCUCUUUUUGCGAUGCCAGAAACAGCAAUAGGACUGUUCCCUGAUGUGGGUGGAGGUUAUUUCUUGCCACGACUUCGAGGAAAACUUGGCUACUUCCUUGCAUUAACAGGAUUCAGGCUGAAAGGAAGAGAUGUGUAUGCAGCAGGAAUUGCUACACAUUUUGUAGAUUCUGAAAAGUUGGGCAUGUUAGAAGAAGAUUUGUUAGCCCUAAAAUCUCCUUCAAAAGAAAAUAUUGCAGAUGUCUUGGAUGCUUACCAUGCCAAGUCCAAGAUUGAUCAAGACAAGUCUUUUAUACUUGAGGAACACAUGGACAACAUAAACAGUUGGUUCUCGGCCAAUACUGUGGAACAGAUAAUUGAGAAUUUACAGCAAGAUGGUUCAUCUUUUGCCCUAGAACAGUUGAAGAUAAUUAAUAAAAUGUCCCCAACAUCCCUAAAGAUAACACUAAGGCAGCUCAUAGAGGGCUCUUCAAAGACCUUGCAAGAAGUAUUUACUAUGGAAUAUCGGCUGAGUCAAGCUUGUAUGGGAGGCCAUGACUUUUAUGAAGGUGUUAGAGCAGUUUUAAUAGAUAAAGACCAGAGUCCAAAGUGGAAACCAGCUGAUCUAAAAGAAGUUACUGAUGAAGAUUUGAAUAAUUACUUUAAGUCUCUGGGAAGUAACGAUUUGAAAUUCUAAGGUGACUAGAUUUUUAAGGUAUUAUUUUGGAGCACAUGUUGGCAAACUAUAGUACAUGGGCCAGAUCUGGCCUGCUGCCUGUUGCUGAGUUUUCCACAAGCUAAGAAUGUUUUCUGCAUUUUUAAAUGGUUGAGGGAAAAAAGAAUCAACUACUAAUAUGUCAUGACACGUGAAGGUUACAUGCAAUUUCAUAUCUGCGCUCAUAAGUGAAUAUUGACUGGUGUGUCACUACACUUGGCUAUUUACCUGUUGUCUGCGGCUGCUUUGAGUAGUGCAACAGAUACCUUAAGGCCUGCAAAGCCUAAAAUACUAUCAUCCUUUUGAGAAAAUGUUUGCCAGCCCGUUUUAUAAAAAUGGGAAAAUUAGGAGGUCUUAAAUAUCUAAUUGAAAUGAGAACCUUAUGUUUUGGUUUUGGGUAGUAGUUUUUAUGUUGAUUAAAUAAACAUAUGUAUAGAUUAUU